GUUUGGGAACACCAUGCCCAACAAACUGGCAUUUUAUCUGGGCUUCCUGCCUGCCGGUGCAACUUGACCCAGUUAACAUGUGCCUGUGGAAGACCUGCCCGUAGAACUGGGCUGGGAUCCAGACGCUCAGGAAUUAGCACCGAGCUUGGUUUUCCAGUGUGACAGAGUCGCUGUGAGAGUCGUGUUUCAUAUGAUGGAGGAGACCUUCCCCAUUGCCUGCUGUUUCUGCCACCACUGCUGAUCAUAUCAAAUCUUCCAUCCUGAGGACAUUUUUGGAUGCACAGAGAGCAGUAAUUGAAGAUUUGACCAUGAACAAAAACAAGAGAGAACGGGAGUUCUACAGCCUGGAUGUUGGGGAUUCGACGUUCACAGUCCUAAAGCGAUACCAGAAUCUAAGACCCAUCGGCUCAGGGGCACAGGGCAUCGUCUGCUCUGCUUACGACCAAAUCCUUGAACGAAAUGUUGCCAUCAAGAAGCUGAGUCGGCCGUUUCAAAACCAAACCCAUGCCAAGAGGGCGUUCAGAGAGCUAGUCCUAAUGAAAUGUGUCAAUCACAAAAAUAUAAUCGGCCUAUUAAAUGUAUUCACGCCACAGAAAUCAUUAGAAGAAUUCCAAGAUGUAUACUUGGUGAUGGAGCUGAUGGAUGCCAACCUGUGCCAGGUCAUUCAGAUGGAGCUGGACCAUGAGAGGCUCUCCUAUCUGCUCUAUCAGAUGUUGUGUGGUAUCAAACACCUCCACGCUGCCGGCAUCAUUCACAGGGACCUCAAGCCCAGUAACAUAGUAGUCAAGUCAGACUGCACACUGAAGAUUCUGGACUUUGGUUUGGCUCGAACAGCUGCCACAGGCCUCCUCAUGACGCCAUAUGUGGUUACACGCUACUACAGAGCACCAGAGGUGAUCCUGGGCAUGGGCUACCAGGCCAAUGUGGAUGUAUGGUCAGUGGGCUGUAUUGUGGCAGAGAUGAUCAGGGGAAGUGUGUUGUUCCCCGGCACUGAUCACAUUGACCAGUGGAACAAGGUAAUCGAGCAGCUAGGCACUCCAUCUCAGGACUUUCUAAUGAAGCUGAACCAGUCAGUAAGAACAUACGUAGAAAACAGGCCACGCUACGCCGGAUACAGCUUCGAGAAACUCUUCCCCGACGUUCUCUUUCCUGCUGACUCUGACCACAGCAAACUGAAAGCAAGCCAAGCCAGAGAUCUCCUGUCAAAGAUGUUGGUGAUCGAUGCCUCCAAGCGAAUCUCUGUGGAUGAGGCCCUGCAGCACCCCUACAUUAAUGUUUGGUACGACCCAGCUGAAGUCGAAGCACCUCCUCCGAAGAUCCUCGACAAACAGCUGGAUGAGAGGGAGCAUACCGUGGAAGAGUGGAAAGAGCUUAUUUACAAAGAAGUGAGUGAAUGGGAGGAGUGGACGAAGAAUGGAGUGAUAAGAGGGCAGCCUCCUCCUUUAGGUGCAGCAGUGAUCGACAGCCCCCCCCAGCCCACGUCCUCCUCCUCGUCUUCAGCCAACGACGUCUCAUCCAUGUCCACAGAGCCCACUGACCCGAGCAGUGACCCCACCAUGGCCUCUGAAACAGACAGCAGCCUGGACAGCCACACCACUCUGGGUGCACUAGCCUGCUGCAGAUAACGCACACAUACUCCACACACGUAAACACACGAAAAAAAACAAACCUGUCCUCAUUUGUGUGUGCGAUGGUGGACGGUUUAGGCCAAUUGAACUUCUCAUGCUAGUUUGUAGAGCUUUUGAUGUACAGUUUUGUUUUUAUUUCCCCUCCCCUCACACUGCUGUAAAUGAUUGUGGUUUAAAUUGUAUCAUUAUUACUGUAUUUUUGCUGCGAAGAAUCAGAGUAUGUUUUGAUGUGAAGCUGUGAUGUAUGUUUUGAAAGAGAGGGAUCUGGGUGAACUGUUAUUAGGCUGCUGCUACACAGUUAAAAACAAUACUGUUAGCACUGAAAUAUUAUGUUGAGUAUAUUUUUGAAUUUGCUUAAUUUUUAGGGACAUCUGAAUGACACUUAUCUACCAGUAGACUAUAGCACAUUUCAUCUUGGGUCCUAAUGCGAAUGGAUGAUUUUUGAUAUCCGCCAUCUUUCUUGUAGAAAGUGUCCCCUUGGUGUAUCCAAGAAACUUCUUAGUAUUAUGUCACUUCUGAUUGUGUGCAUCUUGACAAGCAGUCAAAUGGUCUAUUGCCCUGACACUGAAUUUCUUAUUUUUUACUAUAGCAUACUGUAAACUGACUGUAUUUAACUUUUUUUACUUUAAUGUAAUUUAUAAGUGAUUGUUUGUUGGAUGAGGAAGAACAGGGUGAAUGUAAGUGACAAGAAAUGUGGCUAAGUGAGGAGCCAAUGAUGCUGUUAGUGCUGGAAUGAGUUAAUGUAGGCCACACCACUGGCUAGAACGAGUGCUGUAUUCGGGGGCCGUCACCAGAGACUAAAGCUGCAUUUCCAUGAAGGACUUUUAGUCCGAGGGGUUUUUCUGAGUAAAUGUUGUCUAUAUAUCUAUCAAGAAGUAAAAACCCAGGUUAGUCAGCAGCAGUGAGUGUAUAAAGAUGGAUAUGAAGUCUCAGAUUCUUCCCACUGUACAAAAUGAAGCCAAAAUACCACCACGACAGCCGCUGGCAUACUGUACUGGUGACUUAGUUUGGUGCCAGAGUCUGAGAGGUAGAGAUGAGCUGGUAGAGCCUUCUUAUUGGUUUCCCACUCCUUUUGCUUACCAAAACUCACAUUUAUUGUAAACUGCAAAGAUCAGACUGCGGAGCUCACAGCAUAAAAGAUUCUUCAUUGACACUUAGGUUAGUCUUGAGCUCUAGUCAGACUGCCAUUUCAAGGUGUGGUGUUGACACCUUUGUCUCAAAUUACCUGUCACACUCUGUGAGUACACCCCUAUACAGUGCUACUUUGAUAUCAAUAUGAAUGUGUAGACAAAUUUCUUUAAGGUGCUGUUCCAUUAAUGUGCUUGGAAAGGGGGUUUGCAUCUCUCAUCCCCUUUUCUUGGCCAAUCUGGUGCACAUAUAAUGAUAGUAAGAAGAAGAAUUUUCUCUUUAUAACACACUUCUGUUGCUGUUAGUCCUAGUAAGCAAACUAAAUGCAUAAAAACUAUCAGUAAACUUGGUGCUUGAGCCAUCUUUUAUGCCAGAGGUGUCAAUCAUGACGUUAUAUCUGUCAUUUUAGCAUGUAAUAACUAAAAUUAGAGAUGUUACUAUACCAUCUUUUCCUGACAGUAUGACACAGCAUGAUAUGACAGUACAACCUGCCAUUGGUUGACAGCUCCCACAAAGAAACAGUAUAACCGUUAGCAUUCCAGCUAGCAGUAAUAAGUGAUCAAAUAUGGAUUCAAGUAAAUAAAAAGAUGUUCAAUAUCAGAUUUACUGGUGUGGAGUUAAUCUUUGAAGCCCUUGUAUAGUCACACAAGUUCCAGGCUCGCUAAGAAUGCUUCUGUAAGGGCUACAAAGGCACGUAUCACGUCAUUGGAAUAGCACAACCGCUAGCUACACGAGGGGAGAAAGUAAGAGGCUACAAUUUGUGGUUCAGAAGUUAUUUAACUUUAGAUAACCUGUGUCACUUCUUGUCGUAUAUGACAACGACGGUCUGGAAGGGCAUGUGUUUUUGAGCAGCGAAGAAUGCAAACAAUAAGUAUGGCUAAACAAGGCAAAAUAUAAAGGUAAGCAAAACAGUAAAGUGCAUCUACAUGUACUCAUUGAUAACAUUCAUCAAAGUGACAUUGAAGAGACGAGACAGGAUCAGCAGAGCCAGCAGAGGAAUGUGGCACUGUUGUCAUGUGGAGCUCCUGCUGUGUCAUGCUCUAUCCUGCUUCCCCAACCCUGUAAUACAUUGUGAAUUAUAGACAGGGGACACCAAUGUUGCAACGGUGUUAAUCAAAAUGAAUGUUUAAAGGUGUAAUGAUAUCGGAGCUUUAUUAGAUUACUAUUGUGAAAAUGCACUGUGAAGAGGGCUCACAAUGAAAGCACCAUUUUUAGGAAAACUUGUUAGACAUGUUCGAAUUUAAAAGUUUGCCAAUCUGUUAACAUGCAGGAGGUGGAGCUUUUGACCCAUACUGCAGCUAGUCUGCAGAGGGAGCGCCAAAUAUUUUGGCUUCACUUUUGGGGUGCUGACAUGUCCAUUUUUAUACAGUCUGCAGAUGUGAAAUAAUGACUUUAAUGCUGUGAGGUGAGGAAUUAGAAAAGUUUGUGUCCUAAAAUUUCCUGUGCUAGUAGGGUGUACUACAGCUAAAGGGAAAUGUGGGGGAUAAAUCAAGCUCCUGGGUCCUUAUAGUAAGAAGGCACUCCUGUAAAGUCUCACUUCCCUAGGCAAAGUUCCUGUUACAGAAAUGCAGCUUUUGUCUGAAUGAGUCACUUUACCCUUUCAGCAGGUUCUGUCAGACAUUUUUCACAGCUGUCUGAUAUUUAAGAUAUUUAAUUUAAGUGCCCUUACUCAGUUCAGUGAUUUUCAGUCCUCUCUGUGGCAGAUGCCCCUCUCUCUUGUGGUGCGUCUUUCUGAGUUCUACCUCACAAAUGCACACAAACGUUUUUUUUUGACGAUACAGUAUGUAUAUCAUGGCACACACCGUUCAAAAGAAAUGAGAACAAAAGAAAAACUCCAGUUAUUUUCUGUAUUUCUAAUUUAUUUAUUUAUUUAUUUAUUUCAAGCUUGGAGGCGUCUAUUGUAUGUAAUGUACAUUUCAUUCAGAAGUACUAUUUAUAUGCAGUUUGUUUAUUUUUUGGUUUUCUGUGCAAUAUAAUUCAUAGAUUAGUAUAGCCAGUGAUUGAUCUGUACAUUUUACUGUAGAUGUUUGUAUAUUUUCUGAGUCAGGAAAAAGGCAUUUGCUACCUGCCACGAUAACCUUUGGAUGUAUUCAAUGGCUCAAAUUCCCAACCUGUCCCCUUGCCCUUUUUCAUGGUCGGGCACUCCAGACAGUGACCUCCCUUCCCCCCCUUAGCAUCAGCUCCCAGAAUGCACUUUGGGGAUUGUGACGCAUGUCCUGAACCAUUUCUGGGCCACAUCUCGAAUCAAUGUUGUGGCCUCUCUUCUUGUAGUUUUCCUCUCCUCCAUCUCCUCCAAAAUAGAGAAGAUAGAAUAGACUACGCAUGAGUUUUCUCUGAGCAAAUCUGGUUUUUAGUGCAGGUACAUUUAGAGGAAAUAAAAGGAAAGCCAUUCAGCACUUCUGGGAUGAUGCUGCAGUCUUCUGAGGGUUCGGACAAACACUGACAGCACAGAAUUAACCUGUUGUGGUGUGAUUUGGUAAGGCCAGUUGUGUAAAUUUUAGCCUUUGGAUCUGAAUUGCCUCACUAACAGUAACAGACUAAUUAUAUACAUCAGAAAUGGAAACUGUCUACCUUCAACUCCAGCAAAUAAAGAGUUGAAUUUUAA